GUUGGCACAUGUGAACGAGAAGUUUGCCUUCAGCGAGUUCAAAAAGGAGUUCCCCGAUGCAGCACUUAACACUAUUACAGAGACUUACCCAAUGCUGAACAAAAACUGAGCUGUCACUCAUUUACAGCAAUGAUGAGUUCAGGAACUGCACUGGUGCUCUGUUCCAGCUCUUUGAGCACAACAACCUUCAGAACAUCUUUUCAGAGACUGUGGCACUGCUGGAGAUCUUAAUUACCACUCCCAUGAACAGCUGAAUCUGAGAGACAGACUACUACUACCAGUACACACAGUGUGACAGCACAGGGUCGCGGUGGAGGGUGGCCAUCCCUCUGAGUCCAGGCUCCUGCUCAGACCUUCCACCUCCAAUCAGAGGAACAGACUGCUCUUUCUCCUGUCCAGCUGGGAAGUUUUUAGACAUGUCUACACAGGAGUGCACACCGUGUGAUACCGGCUCCUACUCUCUGGGCAGUGGCAUUCGUUUUGACCAGUGGGAUACCAUCCCUGCAGGUUUUGUCAGCCAGGCAUUCUACCUGGACCCCGGACCAGGUGGAGACGGUCCAGGGUUUAUUGAACCUUGUAACAGCUCCUCCUGGACACCGCAGGGCGUGUAUCUAGAGUCAAAUCGUGAUGAGUGUACAGUGUCUCUGUUUUAUGCCGUCCAUCUGGAGAAACAGGGCUCUGUCUCCUUCACCUACCAGUACCCCGACAACACCAUCUUCUUUGAGUUUUUUGUACAGAGUGAACAGUGCCAGGAAGUUGUCCGGACUGAUGAGCUGAUGUGGAAAAUCUCCAAUAAUGGAGAAUGGGCCACACACACUGCAGAUCUGAAGCCAGGUACAAACAUAUUGUACUGGAGAACCACAGGGAUCCUAGCAAAGGUAAAACCUGUGCUCCUCAAGAACAUCCAGAUAGAAGGUGUAGCAUACACUUCAGAGUGUUUCCCGUGCCGACCUGGGUGGUACAGUGAAGCUCCCGGCUCCUCGUCCUGCCAGCCAUGUCCCAGCAACACCUUCUCUGUGAAAGGGGCAUCCUCAUGUACUCCCUGUCCUGAAAACCACUACUCACAUGAAGGAUGGGCAGAAUGCAAAGUGAAGCCACCAUGUUCAGAGGAGGAUUAUUUUCAGAUCCACACAGCCUGUGACAGCGAAGGGAAGACACAGAUUUUAUAUCACUGGGUGGAGCCAAAGAUUUGCUUGGAGAAUGUCACCGGGGCUGUGGAGCUGCCUGCAACAGGGCAAAGGGAGCCCUGCCCCCCCUGCAACCCUGGCUACUACAACAGCAACGACUCCACCUGUUCACCCUGCCCGCCUGGAACCCAUUCUGAUGGCACCUAUGUGUGCAGAGACUGCCCAGCUGGUACAGAGCCAGUGUUGGGUUAUGAGUAUAAGUGGUGGAACGUGCUGCCAUCCAACAUGAAGACUUACUGCUUCAACGUGGGCAACUCCAAAUGUAACAGCAUGAACGGAUGGGAGGUAGCAGGAGACCACAUCCAAAGUGGAGCGGGCAGUUCAGAUAAUGAUUAUCUCAUCCUCAGCUUGCAUGUGCCAGGAUUCAAGGUCCCAGUCUCGCUCUCAGGGAUGACUGAUGGCGAGUUUGGACGAAUAACCUUUGAGUUUGAGACCAUCUGCUCUGCCGACUGUGAGCUCUUCUUCAUGAUGGAUAUGUUUAAGAACAGCACCACAGUGGUGGAGUCGUGGGAGGGCAGUAAAGAGAAACAGUCAUUUUCACACACCAUGACGAGGAAUACUUCUGUUACAUUUACAUGGGCCUUUCAGAGGACAAACCGAGCACAGGAUAUGCGACGCUUCGUCAGUGACACAGUGAAGCUGUACUCCAUCAGUGUGACCAACGUCCUGGAUGGGGUGGCGGCGUCAUGUCGAGCCUGCGCCUUGGUUCCUGAGAAUUCCCAGCAAGCUGGUGCCACUUGUGUUCCAUGUCCUGUUGGUUUUUACAUUGACAGAGACACCAACCGCUGCCUGGAGUGCCCACCUAACACUCACCUGGCAGGACGUCACACAUACGGCCAGGAUGCCUGUGUUGCAUGUGGACCUGGAAGUAUAAGCAACAAGGAACACACCCACUGCUACAGCGACUGUUCCUUCACCCACACAGAAAACAACCGAACACUGACCUUUGACCUCAGCGCUAUGAGCACUGUGGCUUCGCUGACCGCAGGGCCAAGGUUUACUUCUAAAGGCACCAAGUAUCUGCACCUGUUUAAUAUCAGCCUGUGUGGAAAUGAGGGGAAGAGAGCCGCUAUCUGCAGAAAUAACAUCACAGAAGUCACCGACACGGCCAAAGAUGGCCAGAGUGACUCCAGUCGGUUCGUCACCUCAGUGGAGGCCUUCAUCUGUCAAUCAACCAUCAUCCCGACAGAUGGGCGGGGCCUCCGGCUGGCCAUUUCUUCCCUGUCCAUGACCCUUGCAGACAUCUUCCUUGGAGCUACAGCAGACACCGUCUUGGAUGGCGUGAAGGCAAAGCUGGAUCUUUUCCCUAAAGCCUCAAACCAAGUUCCAGACAUAAACUUUUUUUACAGGUCAAUGCAGCCAACAGGUUCAUGUGAAAAUGGACGCAGUUCAAUCAUCACUCUUCGGUGUAACCCUGACAAGUCUGGACAGGGAGAGCUCACUCUACCCAGCGCUUGUCCUGAAGGAACAUGUGACGGAUGCACAUUCCACUUCUUGUGGGAGAGCUCUAGUGCUUGCCCACUGUGCACCGAGGAUGACUACCAUCAGAUUGAGGAAGCAUGCAAGGGAGGCGACCAGGAAACAAUCUACAUGUGGAAUGAGCCGAAGGUGUGCACAAAAGGAGUGUCACUGCCUCCUAGUAGCUCCACCCACUGUGUGUCUGUGGAGCUGUGGCUGAAGGUCGGGGUUGGUAUUGGAGCGUUUGUGGCUGCACUGCUCAUCUCCCUCACCUGUUACUUUUGGAAGAAAAACCAGAGGCUGGAGUACAAAUACUCUCGUCUGGUGAUGUCUGCCAAUAAGGACGGUGAGGUGCCAGUUGCCGACAGCUGUGCCCUGGAUGAGGGAGAGGAACCUGAUGACGAUGUGGUCUAUGCCCAAAGACCAACUCUGCUGAGAAAACUGCGGGCAAUAGCCAAUAAGCAAGAGGAAGAAGAGGGCAGUGAGUCUCUGCAGAUGAACUCCUCUCAGUCUGAGCAGUGGACUCUUGGAUAAAGACAUUUCAACAGCGGAAUGGUUCAGCAAAGGAGGAACAGCUGUUAUGCAUUUCCUAAUACAUCAUGUCCUUUGACCCCUUCUCUGUUUUGGGGGUCACCGACACAGACCCCAGUAUUCACUGGAGACUCCCCAGUUGCCACAGAGAUGAUGGGAAACAAAAAGGGCAGUGGCAUUUAAUCAACUGUAUAAAACACAGGAAAACUCCUGCUUUAAUGCCAUGGAUGCUGGAGGGCAGCGGCUGAAAGAAGAGCGUGCUUUUACUGUUUUUUGUAUAUUUUGUAUUUUAUUUGGUAUGUUCUGUUUAAAGUCAUGUACUGAUGAACCUUUAAUAAAAGUCCUGUUUGGCUUUUGGA